GCAUGGAGUGCACGGACGUCAGGCGUAUUCGCAUUAUGGAGGAUAUGGCAGCGGUGGCAAAGGGAUGAACUUAGAUCUGUCCCCCGCCUCGUUCCCGUGCUUGCCGAAUCUUCCACCGGCAGUUCCACCGGCAGUUCCACCAACAGUUGCGAGAACAGAAGCGAUCCAGUGGGCCGUUGUGCGCGUUACUAAUGUAAGAUUCCAUGGGACGUCUCGCUUCAGGACAUGGUUACAUUCUUCUCUGGAGUCCCCCAUCCGCCAGAGCAUUUGCUGUCCCAGAAUGUGCACAUCCUUAUGGACCGGGGUUCAGGCAAGACCUUCAACUCUGCCUUCGUGGAGUUAUCCAUAACGCCUCACCAAGCUGAAAUUGUUGCAAGCGCUCGCAACUUGAAGGUGCUGAAAGGAAGAAUCGUGACGGUCAAGCUGUCGAAUCAGGAUGAACUCAUGAGAUCUGUCUUCCCGAAGUGGGUCGGACAGUUCGUUCAUGGCGAGCCGUUUAUUCCUGAAGAGCAGAUGGAGUCGCACAUAGAUUCUUCCAGUGAUCCUAGUAUGUCCGUGAAUGUAUUGUCAGGGCCUAUGUCCGCCGAGUGCACCGAGUCGGCUGCCGAUGAGCGACACCACCAUAAUCUGUCAUCUAGCAGUUCGAGGGAGUCGAUCUCCACAGCCUACGGCCUUGCAAGCGCUGCGCCCACAGCGGCAAAUACGCCACCAUUUGUCACGCGAGAAGAGAUCAACGCAUUGCUGCUUGUUUGCCGCAACUACAAGCUGCAUUUUUCUCGAAAAUGCGCAGAGCGGCCGUUUGAAAAUAUUCUUUCAAUCAUGGCCAAAUAUCCAUGGCAUAAGCCCUACCGCGUCCUGCCACUUCAUCGUGAUCAUAUAUUUGAGCUCCUCAAGCUUUCGAUUGAAUCCCUCAGGCUGCAUCUUAGCAAAGAAUACAAUACAAUCCAUCCGACGCUUCUGAAUCGCAUGGUCCGCUCUGCUAUCCUAACCCCUGCCUUUACCGAAAGACAAAAGGCCAUGGUGCUGCACGUCGCAGGGCAUCUAUGUCCCGAGGAUAUUAUCGGCUGGAUGACGCCUCAAGCCUCAACCGAUGUGGAGGCUGACUCGGUCGUGCAAAACGCGAGCGCGGACAAGAAGACGGAGUCAGAAACGGACAUCGAACAGCAGGUUGAGAAUCUAGACUUCUCUGGAGAUUUGACCACAACAAUCAGCGCGGGUUCAGAGUUGUGGUUAACAAGAGGCGGACAAUUGGCGAUGGCGCAGGAGCCGAUUGAUGCCUCCAAAAACAAUCAAAGCGCUACUGCGGUCACUCCGCUGCUGGUGGGCAAGCAGCACGGCAUGGUAAAUGUUGUGAUUGCUGUUGAGCAGAGAAGCCCUGAAGAGUCAUCGAACGGACCUCACCGACAACCGAAUAUCCCUGCCACAACACCCGAUAUCUACACUCUGCAAGAGAAUUCGAGAUUCUGGAAUGCCGGUCUUCCAAAGUUAAAGGCGUCUAUGAUGAGAUCCAAGUCCUCAUUGUCAUCUGCCUCGUCGUAUGCUUCGUCGUCUGAUUCUUCCUUGCCGUCGACGCCAACUCAUGAGUCCCUACCACCGCUGUCGCCAAUGCUGUCUUCUGCAACCGUGCCGACUACAGCAGCCCCUGAAAGCGGCGAAAAAACUAAGAAUGACACCAUCGUGGACGCCAUCAAGGUCAUCACGCAAUCGACGCCACGUCUGGCGAAACCAUGCACGGUGAACCAGAUGGGCGCCUCACUAGUCUCGAGGGCCAACAGCGCUAUGGUCUUCCGCCAGUAGCAGCGCCGUGAGGUAUAUGAGGCACUCUAAGGGGGAAAAAAGUGGUGCUCGGCGCUUCGUAGCCCCAUGCAUGUACACUGUAUCCCUUACAUUACCAUAUUACCAACCUUCUCCUUUGCAGAUUGCACUUACAGCUCGUUGGCUUUUCACCAGUUUCAUGCACUAUAUAUUGCUCCCUUUCUAUCUUUAAUGACCUACUGCGGGUUGCUUGCUCAAUAGAUACAAAGUGCACUAGAACCAAAGCGCCGACACCAAUAAUACACUGAAAAUAUAAAUGCUUUGUCUCCUGGUG